AGGCCUGUGUCUGCAAAGCGGAAGUGGGGAGGAAAAACAACAGCGGCGGCGGCGGCGUCGACUCUCGGUAGUUGAAGCAAAAGGCAGAAAACACGUCGACUCAACGGUUCCGGUAAAGCGCCCGCGGUUAGUUUACGGUUGAACUCCGGCGGUUCGGUUCGGUUCGCGCUCGCUGUUCGCACGAUGUCGUUAAUCGCGAAGAUCUUCGGCGGGGGGAAGAGUGGGAAGGCGCCCACCACCCAGGACGCGAUCCAGCGGCUCCGGGAGACCGAGGAGAUGUUGGCGAAAAAGCAGGAUUUCCUCGAGAAGAAGAUCGACCAGGAGCUGGGGACGGCGAAGAAGUACGGCACGAAAAACAAGCGAGGAGCUCUACAAGCCUUGAAGAGAAAAAAGCGUUAUGAGAAGCAGCUGGGUCAGAUUGACGGGACGUUGUCAACCAUUGAGUUCCAGAGGGAGGCGUUGGAGAACGCUAACACCAACACAGAAGUGCUUAAGAACAUGGGCUUUGCCGCCAAGGCAUUGCAGGGUGCACACCAACACAUGGACAUAGACAAAGUAGAAGAUUUGAUGUCGGACAUCACAGACCAGCAGGAAUUAGCUCAGGAGAUCUCUGAUGCCAUUUCCAGACCAGUCGGCUUUGGAGAAGAGUUUGACGAGGAUGAACUCAUGGCUGAGCUGGAGGAUCUGGAACAGGAAGAGCUGGACAAAAACCUUCUGGAAAUCCAAGAAACAGACGAUGUCCCUCUGCCCAGCGUACCAUCUACAUCACUCCCUGCAAGACCAGCCAAGAAGAAGGAGGAAGACGAAGACGACUUCUCGGAACUCGAGGCCUGGGCAGCUAACUAAGCUAGCCUGCCAUUCUAGCUAGCUAGUGCCCCUCUCCUGUCUGUUUCUGUGCUACCAGACUGGUCCCAUACAUCUGGAGGACAGACAGAGACUCUGGGCUCCUGAGCUUGCUGCUCUGUCUUAAAGUCGACAUCCCAAUAUCUAACCAUACCCCCAGCCCUGAAGUAUGCACUUGUGCACACGUUUGCUGACUCGAGAUGAUGUGAACCCAGGCUGUUCUCUUCAAAUUAAUGUUAUAAUAAGAAUCACUUUGCUCCACCUGCACACUCCUCUGUAUCUAAAGGGCAUCGAGCAUGAAAAGUAAAUGUCGUGCCCUCACAGCCUGUGGUUAUGAUUAUCAAAGAGCUCUUUUUAAGAAAAAGAGUGCACGAAUGAGCACUUAGGGCCGGAGCUUGCAAGUGCAUACUUCUAGGGACGGGUGUGUGGAGGAACACGACAAUGCUUGUUUCUGGGAGGAAUGUGAAAAAAUAAUCUAAAGAUGUGUGGGAAGAAAAAUCAAAAACAGAAAGACGACGUGACUCGGCCAUUUCUCUGCUUCCUGUGCUGUCAUGUCUCUGCUCUUCUAAGAUGGUGACGACAACCUUCAUCCACACCAUCUCUGCUAAAUCUCAACAAAAAGGAUUAAUGAUGAAAGUGUGGGACUUUCUCAUUGACACGUCACUGUCAAACCACACAAAACACAUCACAGAUAUGUAACAGUGCAGUAAAACAUCUGGCUAUUAGAGAAAUCUGUCAGCCAUAUCUCGCACUGCCGAAGUGCCCGUGGGCAACUUCUUGUUUACUUAUCUAGGGCCAUGUUGGUCCAACCACUUAAAAUACUAAAAUGUUGUGUGAGGAGAGAGUAAAAAUAGAUGAAAACCUUUAGAGUAACAGUGAUGCCAGUGCUCUGGUUCCACUGAUGAACCUUAACCACCACGGUCCCCUUCGCCAAACAUUGAAAAAGUGAAAAGCUGUUCAGUCACGAUUCUUAGUGAAUAUCAGAAGCUUUCAACCUCAUUUUCCAAAGCAACCGAUGCUCAUGCUAACGUGCUAAUGCUCGACUUUGCCAGAGACUUUGGUUUCUAAACUUUAACUCAAGUCGAUGACACUGGCAGAUAAGAGCAGGAAAAAUUAAUUAAAAGCAAAAAAAAUGAGACAAAAUCAAAAGCUGAAAUUUGUUUGAUAAUCCUGUAAAAAGGAUCUGACCCCUGAGAACUUAAAUAAGAUUUAUUUGAUGUAUUGAUUUCCUAAUUACAAAAUCAGAUGGAUGAGUAGAAGCAUGAGCCAUAUUAUUAUAUUAGGACAGUGUAUACAUUGCUGUCAAGAUGGUGCAGGUACGAAUGGCCGCUAGAGGACACACUACAAUGCGAGGUGCCGACUCCCUCGUCUGUGGUUUAACAGUGACGUCCUCUCAGAGAAUCCCUCACGUGUUGAAUUGUAAAGAUUCUGGGUGUGAGCGUGCGUGAUGUUUUCUCAGCGCCUUGACACAGUGACCUCUUGUGAAUAUUACGUCAACUCGAGACGGUGACCUGGAUUUCUUUUUUUUUUUCUUCCUUCUUUUACUAUUAACUCACCUGUAGUGAAAAAACAUUUGAUUUGAACAUUGAACAACACACGCGACAUGCGUUGGCCUUCAUGGAAAAAUGAGGAUUUGAGCGAUUCCAGCUGCUGCUCACCGCCCUGCUACUUAUGCUGUAAAACUACACUUCCCUCCUCCCAUCUGCAGACACAUUUAUGCAUGGACGGAUUGAGGUCGGCCCAGAAUCAAACAGCUGGUUGAGUGUGAACAUGACGUAUUUUUAAAAAAGGAGCAAUUUAAAAACUUUUCUCAUUUUUGUAACGCUAAAUCACCAAGUAAGUGGGUCGACCUCAACCCUUGUUAUAUUUAACAACAAACUAUCAAAAAGAAGUGUAGAUAUGAUGCCAAUGGAGUUUGUUUUUCUUUUUCCUGUGUGUGUGUGUGUGUGUGUUCUGGCUCAAAUAUUACCCAUGUGCUAUCUGGCUGCACAGAAACAGUGUGACCAGUAGCCAGUUCUGCUCAGAGCUCUACAAAGGGUUGGACAUUGGAGAUUGUUUUUCCCGUGUGGCAACCAUGUUGCUCUGUGACUGUUGUCAAUGUUGGGUUGUAUACACUUUAUCUUAAUAAAGUUGGGAUUUAAUGCAAA